AUGGUAGCUGGCGGUCCACGAUUGCCUCUACGUCACCAUUACACCACACGACCUGCGGAGACGAAGGUGCAGGAAACGCACGGCCACCGGGGACUGUGGGUCUUGGCUUCCAUAGCUACGUUCGUGGUCAUCGGCGUGGUGGUGGUCCUCGUGUCGAGAUGGACCUCGGUCACGGAAAAGCGACGCCUUGAGCUCUGCAACUCUCCAGUUUGUGACAAAUACGCUCGGCAUAUCCUACUGAAGGUGAACCGAUCUCUGGAUCCCUGCAACGACUUCAGCGAAUACGCCUGCUCGGCCUGGAAUCCUCCGUGGAUCAGGGCAGACUACGCCACGUCAAGCGACACGCAGCUCAUACGUGCUUGGUUCGACGGCUUUGGCGACCUUCUAAUGAACGCCUCAAAGCACGGAUUCGCGGUCGCUGACGGGCCUGCUGCCAUGCUACGGGCUUGCCUGGAGCACACCACUAAGGCGGGCGUACCAGGCAUACAGGAGCUACGCGAGCUGAUGGCGUCUGUCCACCUCAACUGGCCCGAUCCGCCUGAUGAUGACGCCAGCCCGCUCGGAGUCCUGCUGCAGCUAGCCUAUAAUUUCGGGGUACGAACCUGGUUUACCGUCCGUGUGUACUGGCGUGACACCAGUCACAUCAGUACUGUACAUCUCAGCCCGGCCGACACCAUCAGCUUUGCCGUGAAACACCACAGGCGUGUGAUGACUUCGAAAGCGUACGAGCUUUUGUGGCAAGCUUUCUAUGGUCGCUUCCAAGAAUUCGGAAACGGAAGCAGUUCACCGGACGACGCUGCUAUAGAGAGCUCCGCUGUGAUGCAGACCUUCAUACUUGAGCACAUCUUCGAGGCCAAGACAAAGGCGACAGGUGGUCCCGCUUGUUUUGUAAUGGCCGCCCUGGAUACGUACACAGCAAACAUUUCAUCCGAGGAAUGGGUCACUGAGAUAAACAAGAUGAUCCCUGGCGCCCACGUAUCUGCUUCGGGCAACAUAAGCGUAAGCGACCUUGCGGUUCUUGAAGCGAUUGAUGCUAUCUUCAAGUCCUUCACUCGCCGCGACAUUAUGGAUUUCUUGGGCUGGCAGAUGGCACAGUUGUACGGCCCUCUGGUGGACCCGGUGCUGAGCAACGCGUACUUUGGAGACGGAGAGCACACCGCAACUUACCUGCCUCACGUUUGUGCCAGUCAGGUUGAGGCGUCGUAUCCGGGCUUGCCGGCUGCGCUGCACUACCUAACGAGCCUCGACCGGUCAGCGCGGAAUGCCGUCAAGAUGACCCUGGAGAGUGUCGCAAGCACCACGGCUGCCCUAGUAGAAGGCGUCUCUUGGCUGGACGCGGCAACGAAGGCUGCAGCCACAGCUAAGCUUCGAAGCGCGAAAGUCCGUCUCUGGCCUCCUUCGUGGAUCCUCGAAAAAGAAGCCCUAACUCGCAUCUACUCCCACUUCCCGGUCAACGCCACUUCGUUGGUAGAUUUCCUGAAGCUAUCCCGAAGAACGAUAAGGAAGCUCAUUAAGUCUGAGCCCGAGUUCGAAGAAGUGCUUUCGAGUCCACUUAGUGGCUCGCUCCCUUACUUCAGCUACGACCAAGCCCUCAACGAGGUGUCCAUAUCGGCAGGCGCUGUCCAGUUCCCGCUGUUUGUGCCCGGUGGCACUCCAGUUAUGAAUUACGCGGGACUGGGCUUCUCGUUCGCGCUGCAGUUCGUGCGGUCUCUCGACAGCGUUAGCCGCACGGUGAGCGCUGAUGGACUGUGCACAAAGAUCGACGAUGGCAAAUUCUCAUCGUUCACAGCUGCGCUUCAGCAGAGGUCUUCGUGUCUUGCACCAGCUUACAACGGCAGCUUCUUUCCAGAGGUGGUAGCCUUGGAGGCCACGCACGCAGCAUUCGUCAACACUGUCGGCGGUGCCCAUGACGGCGAGCGUCUCGUCAAGGAGUUCUCUAAUGAGCAGACCUUCUACAUCGCACUGUGCUACUUCCAGUGCGGCCGUCAGGGAGGCCCACGCAAUUUCUUCAACGGAUGCAAUAAGGCGGUUAUGCACUUCCCGGAUUUCGCGGAUGCCUUUAGGUGUCCUGCCGGGUCUCGCAUGUACCCUAGCGGCAGCUGUCGCUUGUUCUGA